AUGCCUUCAGUUGCGGAACUUCCCAAGCAGUCAUCCACUCGUCGCAAGACCAUCAGCAAGUCACUCACCGUCGGCAUCGUCGGAGGCGGUAUUGGCGGCCUUUACGCGGCCCGUCUUCUUCAACGUGCCGGACAUAAUGUGCAUAUCCUCGAGGGUAGCGACAGGAUAGGUGGUCGCAUUCGCACACACUACUUCACACACGAAGCCGACCAAUAUUACGAAGCUGGCGCGAUGAGGAUACCGCGUUCCGACUUCCACGCACUCACCUUCGACCUUGUGGACUACCUUCAGUCAAGACUUCCUGCGUCUUCAGAUAACGCUCUGGAAUGGUUGCCUUACGUCCUCAACUCUCAGGGUAACGAGCUCUUAAUCAACAACAAGCGCCGCCCCGGCCACUUGCCCUCGGAAACGACGCCUGAUCAGCUUGGUUGGCCAGAGUCCGCUAUCCCUGCGCCUCAUCGCUUCCUGACGGCCAGCACUCUGAUGCGUGAGGCCAUCGGGCCGCUUGUUUCGAAGCUUGCCGCUGACUUCGAUGCCGGUUUUGACGAGCUCCUUCGGUACGACAAUCUGAGCUUCCGCCAAUACCUGAUGAAGUACCACGCAUGGUCUUCUGAGCUCGUGGACUUCGUCGAGACGGUCUGCUCAGCCUCUAACCAGUUCCAGCUGAGCACGACGGAGCUUGUUAUGCAAAACAUCGAUUUCGACACACAUGAGUGGUCCACGCUCCGUGGAGGUAUGAGCCGUCUACCGGCCGCGCUUGCACAUCUCGUCGGUCUACGCAACAUCACUUUUGGCGCGCGAGUGACCGGUCUGCACGACCUUUCCGACGGUCGCGUCGAACUUGUAGCGAUGCGCUCGAUCGGCCCCAUCCGCAGGACGUUUGACAAAGUCAUCCUCGCCAUUCCUCCUGCCGCCGUCAAGAUGAUCUCGGACCGCCCGCGCUGGAGUCCGAAGAAGGAACUAGCACUGCGUUCCAUGCACUUCGAACCCUUGUACAAGAUGGGCCUGCGCUUCAAGACACGCUUCUGGGAACGGGUACAAUCUGGCGCUUCGCUCGGCGGCCAGAGCGCUACGGACAUGCCCGUCCGUUGGGUCGUGUUUCCCUCCAACGGUAUCGGCUCUAAGGGACCUGGUGUACUACUCGUAUACUCCUGGUUGAGCGAUGCACAAUCGUGGCUGCCACUUUCGGCGACUGAGCGUCGCAAUUUGGCACUGGACUGCCUUGCGCGGAUGUUUGAUGGCCAAGUCGACGAGGACGGGUCAAUCAUCGAUGUCCGCGACCUGUUCAUUGAAUCCGCUGACGCGGCUUGGUCCAACGAGACGGCGACGGGCGAUGCGAUGUUCCUCCCUGGGCACUUCCGCGCUCACUUCCAAGCUGCGUGCCAGCCGGAGGGCAACGUGUUCUUUGUCGGCGAGCACCUGAGCCGGCAUCACACUUGGAUCGCUGGAGCCCUCGAGUCAUCGCUACAUGCCGUGCGCGAUAUUCUCAAGCAGCCGACACUGCCACCGCUUUCCGGACCGAAUCCCUUCACCGUAUCCAACAAGCGGCGCGGUUCCCUCGAGAUGACUCCACCGCCGCAGUACGAGUCCAUGGAGGCCGAGUCGUCGAUCUCGCUCGCGCCAAUCAAAACUUCGUUCGAUGCUCUCCAGCUCGGGUCUAGGAAGAAAUCCAUGCCUUGGGCUGAAUCGCCUCUCACGGCCACCCCUCUCACCUUCACGAAUGGCGGCGCUAUCGACUUGCAUAGCGGGCCCGUUAACUGGAACACGGUUAACUGGCAAUCGACGGCUUGA